CAAACGUGCUAUUGAAUCAAAUGCGUGUAUACACAGAUCAAAAGCCACUAAAAAUUUCAGAGUACGAAAAAUGAAAUUUCGAUAAAAAUUUUUAUUUUCCAUUUACCAAAGGUCUUCUGAAGUGUUUUUGAAAGAGUCAAUACAGAUAAACUAGUUUUCUAGGGGAAGAAAAGGAAAAGAAGAGAGAUGAAGACGGAUAUGACAGCCAUAUUACCAGAAGUGUGUUUAUCUCACAUCCUGUCCUUCACAUCGCCAAGGGAUGCUUGUCGAUCAUCUCUUGUCUCCCCGAUCUUUAGAUCAGCAGCCAAUUCAGAUACUGUUUGGGAGAGGUUUCUGCCAUCUGAUUAUCAAGAUAUCAUUUCAAACGCAUCUUUACCAGCAGAAACUUUUUCUUCCUUGUCCAAGAAAGAGCUAUAUUUCCAUCUUUGUAAUAACCCUAUCAUCAUUGAUAAUGGUACCAUGUGCUUUACAUUGGAUAAACGGAGUGGGAAAAAAUGCUAUAUGAUGGGGGCAAGGGGGUUGUCAAUUACAUGGGGAGACCAACCUAAACACUGGAGUUGGACAUGUCGACCAGAAUCCAGAUUCCCUGAAGUAAUUGAACUCAUGAGUGUUAGCAUGAUUGGUUUUAAAGGAAACAUAGAGACCAAAAUCUUGUCCCCUGAAACAACCUAUGUAGCUUACUUGGUGUUCAAGUUUGCAGAGUAUAGAUUCGGGUUCAAACAAUGUCAUGUAAAUUUCUAUGUAAAAUACAAAAAGGAAGAAGCCAAGACACGAAGAGUGUUCCUAGAUCCCCCAGCUGGAAUGCCUCAACUAUGUCGAGAAAGAGGAGACGGAUGGAUGGAGAUUGAGAUGGGUGAGUUUUACAAUGAAAAGGAAGAAGAUGAUGAUGGGAUUGUAAAGUACAGUGUAUGGGAGAUUGAUAAUUGGUAUAUUAAGCUUGGCCUUAUUAUUGAAGGAAUUGAGCUUAGGCCUAAGCAAUGUUUAUAGAUUAGAGGUCAAGUUACGUCAACCGUCUCUAUACUCUUCUAAAUUUAGAUUUUAAUCUCUUUACUAUAAUUUAUAUAAAUGUAGU